AUGCGAACCCCCAAGCUGCUGGCGCCAGCCCCUAUUGAUCCUCCCGGUAAAUCUAUCGAAUUCCUUGGACCAGCUAUAUUCCCUGCGCAUACCACCCCUACGACCGCGUUUGUACAAACAUCUCUCAUCGCCAGAAGCGAGACCGCCGGCAAACGCAACUUCUCCCAGAACACACCCAAUCAGACCGAUGUGGACGCGCUCCUUGGCCCCGGACCGCCGGUCGGGCUAGGAAAGAUGCAAAUUAUGUGCUGGGCGGCGCAAAACUCGCCCAAGGACCCUCACGUCUCCUUCGCCGGCAAGACCGUUCUCCUUACCGGCUCCAACACGGGCCUGGGAUUCGAAGCUGCUGUCAAAUUCGCUGCCCACGGGGGCUAG